UGAAGAAAAAGCCAAAGCAUAAGAAGAGAUGCAAAAGAACAAACCAACCCCAAAAGAAAGACUCUUUCUUCUCCAUUGCCUCUAUAUUUAUUUUUAUAUAUAAAGAGAAAAAGAGAAGAGAGAGAGAGAGAGAGAGAGAGAGAGUGAAAGGUGGAGAAAAAAACAGAGACAGAGUUCAAAUACGUUAAGAUGAUGGUGAUGAUGGAGCUUUUGGAUCAUUAACCAUUAAUAUUUUGUUCCAUCACUUAAAAAAAUUGUUCAGUUUCACUCGAAAAACGGAAAAUGGCUGUUCAAGCUCAACAUCAUUCCUCCAAUCUCAUCUUCCUCAACCACAGAAACGGUGAAGAGGAGGAACAAGAUUUCUCGUUGCGAUCACAGGCUGGAGAGUUUCUUGAUCAGACCAAUAUGUUAAUGUUCAACAAUGGCUCUAAUCAGAGAAAACGAGGACGAGAAGCGAACAAUCUGCAAUUUCCUCUGCAAUCUCAGUUUCCUCAAGUUAUAGACUUAUCUCUAUUACACAACCACCAUCACCAUUCGCCGUCGAAUAUGGUUUACACAGGACUCCGAUUAUCUUCCGGUGAAGAUCAGAUUCAAAACAUUAGUAAUUCGUUUCAGCAGAACAGUCAUCACCAUCGGAAUCUUGUCUUCACUUCGUCUGAUGAUGUUGUCGCUGCACAUAUCAAUAUCCAAAGCGAAGAACUAAAAGAGUUUCUUCACACCCAGGCGGAGGAGCUACGGCGCACGUUAGCAGAAAAGAGGAGGAUGCACUAUAAAGCGCUUAUUUGCGCUGUGGAGGAGCCGGUGAUUCGUAAGCUGAGGGAGAAAGAAGCAGAGAUAGAGAUUGCCACGCGCCUUCACAAUGAGCUGGAGGCGCGUGACGCACAGCUUAGAGCCGAGGCGCAGGCGUGGCAAGCGAGAGCCAGGGCGCAGGAAACCGCCGCCGCGUCGCUGCAGGCUCAGCUUCAUCAGGCCGUUAACAUACGCCGCGGUGGAGGUGUGUCAGCGCAAGUUAGUAGAGGUGCGGAGGAAGAGCCAUUGUGCGUAGCCGGAAUAAGCGGAUUGGACGACGCCGAAUCGGCUUACGUGGAUCCGGAGAGGAUGAGGCGGCCGAGAUGCAAAGGUUGCCGGAAAAGGGAAGCGACGGUGGUGAUGUUGCCGUGUCGGCAUCUGAGCAUCUGCCCGGAAUGUGACCGGACAGCUCUAGUUUGCCCGCUGUGUCUCACGUUGCGGAACUCAAGCGUUGAAGCUAUCCUUUGCUAAAUGGGCCAAAAUUGUAAGCCCAUUAAUUUGUCAAUCGUACAUAAAACAUUUUAGGAAUAUGAAUUCAAAAACAAAAGUGAAAAAACGUAUACUCCAGAGAAGAAAAUUUAGAUCGGAAAAUCUCAACGGGAUUUUUUUUGGCAACGGUCCACGCCGUUCAGCAUUUUAUGAAUAUGAUUUUUUUUUUUAAUAUUAG